CCAUCGCUUCUCGACCCAGCCGUAUCGCCCUCCCACCCCGGCUUUUCUUCUCGGCACCCCCAGUCUAUACACAUCCAUGACGGACGCCAAACAAGACUCCAGAGUGCAGGACAAGCCUGCCGCCGGCGCCCCGCCCCCGGCCUCCUUCGUGCCCUCCAGGCCCCAGGUUUUGACCUCCAAAGACAAAGACACAAAGCGCAUGGUGGUGGUGCUUUCACAGGCGUGUUUGGAAACACACAAAAUCAGCACGGGCGCGGCGGGCGGCGACAAGUAUGCGUUGUUGAACUGCGACGACCACCAGGGCUUGUUGCGCAAGAUGGGCCGCGACAUUGCCGAGGCUCGCCCGGACAUCACCCACCAGUGUCUUUUGACGCUCUUGGACUCGCCCAUCAACAAGGCCGGCAAGUUGCAGGUGUUCAUCCACACGGCACGCGGCGUGUUGAUCGAGGUGAACCCGAGCGUGAGAAUCCCCCGCACGUUCAAGCGGUUUUCCGGGUUGAUGGUGCAGCUAUUGCACAAGCUCUCGAUCCGCUCGGUGGACUCCGAGGAGAAGUUGUUGAAGGUGGUCAAGAACCCCAUCACGGACCACCUCCCCACAAAGUGCCGCAAGGUCACCUUGUCGUUCGACGCCAAGAUCCGCCGGGUGCAGGACUACGUGCAGACCUUGGCCGACGACGAGAGCAUAUGCGUGUUUGUGGGCGCCAUGGCCCGGGGCCAGGACACCUUUGCGGACGAGUACGUGGACGAGAAAAUCGGCCUUUCCGACUACCCCUUGUCUGCGUCCGUGGCGUGUUCGAAGUUCUGCCACGGGUGCGAGGAUGUCUGGGGGAUCAUGUAGGGGGCGUUCCCCAAGGACGACUUUUGGACGGAGAGAACCGAGCGUUUUCUCGUGCAACCUGAAACUGUCGGCCUGUCUGGUCCAUACAGGCGACACUAGAUACUACCGAAUAUAGGGAAGACGUGAA